GUGCUAUGUAAAUCAACUCCAGUUUGUUCAGGUCUUCUUGUGUUGAGACAUAUUCGGAGGAAAUCCCUGACAUUCCGAGGGUUUUUUUUUUAUGUAGCUGCAAUGGCCGGUAUUAAAGCCCUGAUCAGCCUCUCCUUUGGUGGAGCCAUUGGCCUCAUGUUUCUUAUGCUUGGCUGUGCAUUGCCUGUGUAUAAUGAAUACUGGCCGCUCUUUCUUCUCUUCUUCUACAUCCUGUCCCCUAUCCCGUAUUGCACUUCUCGUCGCGUGGUGGAUGACACAGACUCGGCUAGUAAUGCCUGCAAAGAACUGGCCAUUUUCCUCACCACAGGGAUUGUUGUGUCUGCGUUUGGCCUACCCAUCAUAUUCGCACGUGCUAGUGUGAUCGCAUGGGGGGCCUGUGCGCUCGUCCUGACAGGAAACAUUGUCAUUUUCGGCACCAUUCUUGGCUUCUUUCUCGUCUUCGGCUCGAACGACGACUUCAGCUGGCAGCAGUGGUGAAGCGGAGAACUGUUUUUAAUCUACAUACAUUGUUACCAUGGCUAUUGCCGGGGUUCUUAUUGUCGUCUUUAUUAUUUAUAGUGACUGGCCAUCCGUAUUAAGAGGAAAUCAGUGCAAUAAGUUGUCACUGGGAUCGGUUUGACCUCAGAAGGUUUCAAGGUUUCUAGUUUUUUUUUUUUUUUUCUGCACGCAUGAUCAACGCUUUUCUACAGAAUGUAGAAUGUAAAAUGCCAUGGAAAAAAUAAGCUUCUAUGGAUAGAGAAGUCUCUUGAAGUCUGACAGACUAUCAUUUGGAGCACGUCCUUUAGCUUUAGCCUUUAGCUUGGUGAAUCUGCUGUGUAAUUUUUUUUAAGGUUAAUCACUUUUCAUGUAAUAUGGUUUUGGUUGUAAUUUAUUCACAUACAGUACAUUGUAUUCUGCCACUGUUACAUUGUAGGCAGCAGCGCACCAUCCCAUAAACCAAAAUGCCAGAGCCAUUUACUGCUGUUCCAAAUGCCUGAACAGUGCUCUAUAAAUGUGUACAUAUCACGGCCAGCUUUCCUAAAUGAUUGUUUGAUAAAUGUCUAGUCAAAUAAGACAGAAUAGUGUACAGGAGCUACAAAGCUCGUUUUGCUAACAAGGUACUGAGUACUGACUAGCAUCAUGCUAACUGUAUUUAAGCCUGUUUCAAAAUUUUCACCUGUGUAAAAUUAACAAUGUGGUGUGUGUAUUUAUAUAUAUAUAUAUAGUGAUUAUUCACUACACAGAUAGCUAAUGAUGCUAAUCAUUCUAGAAAUAUAGCAUUAUGCUAACUGUUAUCUGAAAUCAUCUCUCGCUUCAAAUGGCAUUAUAUAGUACUAUUAGCACAUCUAUUAUUUAAUUUAGUUACUCUAUAAAUGACUGUAUUUGCAAAUCCAAAUAAAUAUCUAAAUAUGA